CUUUUAUUGGGUUUGUCUGAGAUGGGUGUCCUAUAUUUCAGACCCAUUUCUGUUUCUUCCUUUAAAUCUCGUGGCUUCAAGCUAGAGAGAGAGAUGAUGGGUCCUCCUGAUUCCUGAAACUGUGUCAGUCUCUUGGGUUUUGGUUUUUAGCUUGCAAGUAAAAAAAAGUCCCCCACUUUUCUGUUCAUCCAAAACAAAAGACUUCAACUUUUUGUGUUGCUUUUAUAUUUCUUGUGAUUUGAGAAAGGUGGGAGGGAAGGAGUUAGCUUUUUCUUCUUGUUCCUUUUUGGUUAAGGGAACAAAGUUGCUCACCACUGCAUAUUCUCCCACCCUUUUUUUUUUCAUUGUACUCCUUUUAGGCUUUUAAGGCCAAAGCAAAAGAAUCAUAUCUUUUGUAAGCUUUCUGGUUUUAUUAAUUAUUAUUGCUAGGAGAAGUAUACAUACAUUCUGUGUCAAUCAACAUUCCCCAUCUUUCUUUUCAUUCGAAUUUUUGGGGGUCUGAUUUGGGAAAAAAACCAUGAAUCGGCGUGGAGAUUUUUCAUAAAUUUGUUUUGCUACAGAGAAGGUUUGCUGGGGAAGAAUCUGCAUUCUCAGGUGGAAGAAAUUUAAAUUUUUCCAGGCUAAGAUUGAUUGAAAUUGAUCAGUUCAUCUGGAAGAUAGUUGGCUGAAAGAAUAUAUAUCUCCCGAUCUUUCAAUUAUGCCAAAUGAAAUGUGAAAUUUGUUUCCCUGUGAUAUGAUGGAUAAUGAGAUGUAUAAUGUUCCGGCGGACAGUCAAAAUUCUCUAGUCAUGGAUGGGGUUGUACCACACACCACAGUGAACUCACUUGUACAGUCCUAUUCAUUUGAUCUCAAUCACCAAAACCGUAUGAUGGCUUUGCCUCCAGUGCUUUCAACCUUUCAUGGAGAACUUGUCAUGGAUUCUCAUUCUGAUCUUAACAACGCAAACUGCGUUAGUGUGGCUGAAUCGAGUCCAUUUCUUAUUUCUCAAAGAGGGAGCAAUGUGAGAGAAUCCUCAUUCGUCAGUUCAAGUUUCGCUGAUAAUACGGUGUUCCAAGCAACACCACAUUCUUCUGCCUCGCUUGCUGCCCUGUUCGCGGCGAGGGGUAGUACUAUUCUUCAAGAAAAUCUCAACAAUUUAGCAAUUUCAGCAAUGCCAUUUAAUUCUUCAGAAGCUUAUGUUUUGAAUGACUGCUCUAACAACUCCAAUUCUCUGCUCGCGGCCUCUGUGAAUUGUGGAUAUGAUGAAAUGCUUGGUAGCAUAAAUAGACAGUGGGAGAUCAACAAGUACGCAGCUCCUUUGGAACUUGGUGAUGGAUCUUCAGUAAGAAUAGGGCUUCAAACAUAUUCAUCCGUUGGAAAUGUGGAUCCAAAUGGAUGGUUAUCAUCAGAUGGUGCAAGUGUGAUGACAUAUAAUUCUUCCAGUUCCUCCAAAUUUAGCAACGAGCUUGCUCUAACUCUUGCCACGUCCAGGCCUUUGGAAAUCCGAAAUCAAUGUUCAGAUGUUGGUUCUUCAGGGAUUGCUCAACCUUGUCUGAAUCAAACAAGGUUUACCUCACCAGAGCAAUAUUCUAGCAACAGUGAGGAGUUUUCCCUAAGUUACGGUUCUUGCAAACCUCCUCAGUUAUCCCAAGUAAUAUGUGGAUCAAGAUAUCUUCAUGUGGUUCAGGAAAUACUUUCUGAUAUCGCAAACUAUUCUUUAGAAAAUCUAGACCAGUCAAGUUUUUCAUCUGCCAGGCUCGUGUCUGAGAGAGGGAUGUCGGCAAUGGAUGAUGAUUUAGAUGGUAGAUUUGAGGUACCUAGGGAGCCUGCAUUGCGAAAACAGGAAAUCAAAACGAAGAAAACCAAAUUGCUGGCCCUUUUACAGACGCUCGAUGACUGCUACAACCAAUGUGUCGAUGAGAUUCAUACAGUUUUAUCAGCAUUUCAUGCUGCAACUGAGACAGAUCCUCAUCUACACGCUUGUUUUGUGCUUCAAACUAUCUCUGUGCUGUAUAAAAGUCUGAGGGAGCGGGUUAGCACGCAUUUCCUUCUGAUAAGUGAAAAUUCAAGCCCUGCAUCCCCCAAUGAGAGCGAAAGGUCUUUUGAAUUCCAUAAGCAAUUGGCUCUUCAGCAUCUAAAGAAGAAAGAACAUCAAAUAUGGAGACCUCAGAGAGGUUUGCCUGAAAGAUCCGUCUCAGUGUUACGUGCAUGGAUGUUUCAGAACUUCCUUCAUCCGUACCCUAAAGAUUCGGAGAAGCAUGUUCUUGCAGUAAAAAGUGGAUUGACAAGAAACCAGGUAUCCAAUUGGUUUAUAAAUGCCCGUGUCCGGCUAUGGAAACCGAUGAUUGAGGAAAUGUACUCGGAGAUGAAUCGAAGAAAGACCCGUCAAAACGAAAAUCUCGAGAGAACCCACAGAAGCCACCACAUUAGGAUUAACAACCACAAAUUUGGUGUGAAUUGAAGGUUUUUAAAUGGUACAUAGCAAAUGGAAGGAAUGGGCACAUCUGGAUCAUUAUGUAGGGAAACAAUGCAAAUAUUCCACAGCAUUAUUACAAGUGUAUAUUCCUGUAUGCAAGUUAAAAGUUUUAAGGAGUAAUUUUCUUGUGAGGAAAAGCAGAAUUUAAGUCCUGAUCAA